ACGAGGUGAAGGUACAAGGAAAUCAGAACGAAAAAGGGAUACGAAGAAGGAAAUGUGUAAAUCGUACAAGGGGACGGCUCCAUCCCAAGUUUGGAUCUCCCGGAGGCCCCUCAAACCUGCCGGUUGCUGCUGAUAACACGGCGACACGUACUGAUUAUUUUAGCGAACUGAGAUUCGAUCGUGUACCUUGAUAACGGAGAGAAAGAAAAACCACCUAGGCUUACGUGUUAGGUACUAGAACGUACGUUGUAUAAAUAUGUAAUCGUAUAAGAGACGUGGAAGCGCGCGCGAGGUCCGGGCGCAGAGGGCCCUCGCCCGUGCGAGUGCGAGAGAGACGAAGCGAUAGCGCCGUUCGCGGGAGAGAGAGAGACGAGGCGAGCGAAAGUGCAGAACAAGAGGGAGGGCUUCCCGACGAAGGGGCGCGACUCUUGCUGGAAUUAAACGCUCGAUCGUAUCGGCCCAAGAUGCCGAAGAAGAGCUCGAAGGAAGCUUUAAAAAGGCUCUGAAAAAAAAAAGGAAAAACAUUAUCGCAAAACCUUAACCGGAAGCGACGGAAUCUCGCCCCUUCGCGGCGUCCGCGAAUUCUUCUCGCGUGCUAGUCUCUCGAGGUGGAGAGGAAAUUUAAUUUCUGGCAUUUCUUUCCCCUGGUUUGAUAAGGAUAAAGAAAAUCCUCGGAGAGACCUGCACGCGCGUACUCGCCUCUUUUCCUAAGAGGGGAAUAUCUUUAUCUCUUUAUCCGUAUACAUCGCGAGAUGUUAAGGUUCCUUUUAAGGUGUACCUUCGCUACGUACGGGAGGGUUUUUAAUUUCAAUUAGGUUUUUAAGCCAGGCGUCGUUUGCCCGAUGCGAGAAUUUCGGAUGAUUGUCACGUGGAUUUUAUUAAUUAAUCUCGGAGCCAACCCUAGGGGGAAUUUGUGUAAGAUGUAUCGUUACCUGGAGGAUCAUUUGCCAAAUUUUCUUCCGGAAAAGUUGUUUAGAGACUCUUGUCAGGAUGGGGGGGCACACGGCGCAUGCGCGAGUAGAUGUUAAUUUUUCGAAGGACGCGAUCUCUGUGAUUUCUAUGCAAGCUUUUUAUCGCGGAAACACGCGUCGAUCGUAGCUUUAAGGGGCUCUUCGACUGAGGCCAUCCUGUACAAAUGCGAGCACCAGAGAGUCUAUUUUGUAAAUCGAGCGACCUCGGGGAGAGGACGAGGAUACCCCGAUGAGAGGCCUCGUGGAGGAGAGGAGAGAGUCAAGGAUGCAUCCUGGCUUCCACCGAGGAGGAACGAUUCCUGGGGCCUCGGCGAAGCAUCCGGCUGUUUUCCUCGAGAAAAUCGAUUCUUCCUGGGAUUCAUUCGCCCCUUUUUUCUUUGGGACGAGGACUCUCCUCGUCGGGCUCCGAAGACGACGAAGGAAACAACCGAGACCACCUGGCUCCUGGAGGAUCGCCUGCGACGAGGAACCAGCCGGGACAUUUUGCAAGACGGUGGCAAGGAACGUCUUCUUCGAGUGCCAUCGUUGGAAUUCACUAUCAUUGGCACGAGGCUCCAGGGCGAAUUUUCUGAACGACUCGUAUAAGAGGAAGAUACAAACGUCCUUUGACUUCAGCCUCCAGGAUGCCACGAUACCCUUGGAAGAAGAAAAGCCUCCUGACGAUUUUCUUCGUCUUCCGCGAGGUCAAGGAUGUCUUUGGACAUUUCUCCAAGUCGAGGUUGCAGCAAUUGGUCAUUUGGAAUCUAGUAGAGAAAAAGGAGGGUCCUGGAGGAUAUUCGGGAUAAGCUGCGAGGAGGUACGAGUCCAGGUGCAAGACGGUGGCAAGGAACGUCUUCUUCGAGUGCCAUCGUUUAAAUCCACGAUCAUUGGCACGAGGCUCCAGGGCGAAUUUUCUGAACGACUCGUAUAAGAGGAAGAUACAAACGUCCUUUGACUUCAGCCUCCAGGAUGCCAAGAUGCCCUUGGAAGAAGAAAAACCUCCUGACGAUUUUCUUCGUCUUCCGCGAGGUCAAGGAUGUCUUCGGACAUCUCUCCACGUCGAGGUUGAAGUCGCGUUGCAGCAAUUGGUCAUUUGGAGUCUAGUAGAGAAAAAGGAGGGUCCUGGAGGAUAUUCGGGAUAAGCUACGAGGAGACACGAGUCCAGGUUCGAUAAUCCUUUUCGGGGAUAAGUCCGAGUCACCUCCGUUGUACGUAUUUUCGACAUUACCUCGUCUUCAUGUACACUGGAGGACAUGAAUGCCUCCCCUGGAGAUACGGCAUCGCCUGUGCAGAAUGGGAGGGCAUUGAUGUCUCCCAGUGUACACGCAAAUGUAUAUGGGGAACACAUCCUCGUUAUAUAUUCCCUGAAGAUGCAAAGGACCCGCUCGAGGAUGCGAGAGGAAGAUGGAGACGAAGAAAGCCUUGAAAGAGAGAAAUUAAUUGCAAAGAUGAAGGUUGGAAUUCGCGCGGAGCUGCAACAUAUAUAAAAAAGCACUCCGCCACCUCGAAGGAGAGAAAUAAAAUAAUGGCCGCGUCGUAUUCUAGGGUAUGCCGAGGUGUAAAUCGAGAGGAGAGAGAAAUGGAGGUCGGAGGAGAAGAGUACGAAGCAGAAGAGGCGACGAGGGAGAGGAGGUUUGUAAGAAAACUGCGGAGAAAAUGCCUUUUUUGAGGAAAGAGCAACCAAAAAAAAACGAAGAAAAAACAUUAAGUCUAAGCGAGAAAGCGCGAGUGCCGGGUGGAGUCGGGGAAGGACGAAGAGGACGAAGAGGAGCGUCGUGGCCGAAGAGCUCGACGAACUGAUUUUGUUUAGGAGACCUGGCCAACGAUCUCGAGGAAAUUGACGGAAAGUUCGAUGCCGUUGGAGAUUGGGAAUUAUCAAGGAAAAUUCCGCGACACGAUGGAGGAGAGAAAAAACCCACUUUUGUACCGUGCCCGGUCACAGGACUCGAUGAUUUUCCCUCGGGUCCAGGGUCAAACUGUUCCAGGUCCAGGAAGUACUGGAGGACGACGAAAGGUGGGAAGAACGAGGAACGAAAAUCGAGGAGCCCGCAAAGCGUCGGGGUGUAAAAGGGAAGACUUCCAGGGAGUCGGAGACGUGGCAUAUUUUUCGAGCCAUCGCCAGGAACUAACGAGAUGAACCAGGAGUCGCCACGUCGAGUUGUCAGCCAUCCAUUGGGGGGAAGCUUCCAGAUCUUCCCCUGGUAUAUCGUCGUGGACAUCGUGGAUGUCCUGGACAUCCCGGAUUAUAAUUUCCUGUCAUUAUUCCUUCUUUUUCAAUAUUCCCAAUGUCAUUUUUAAUCCUACAGAAGAAGCUGUGCCUAGGCGCGGAGAUUCUUUCCUUUUGGUCCUGUUUAACCUACCACAAUGUUCCCGUCCAUGUCUUUUCUAUAUCACAUACUUUUCCUUCCAUUAGGGCCCUUUUCAGGGCC